AUGGCCGCGGGACAAAGGUCCGAUGCUCCUGCUACUGCUACUGCUGCUGCUGCUGCUGCUGAGCUCGUAAUAGCAGAAAAUACGAGGAUAGAGAGAGAGGCAGCCAGGCGAGAGGCAGACAGAGAGGCGGCGGUGCUGAGGAGAAGGUCCGAAGUUGCGGAAGAAGAGGCACACCUAGAGGCAACCAGGAUCGCAAUGGAGGAGGCGAUGAAAGCCCACCAAGACGCAGGAGCCAGAUCAGAAUUGGCCAAGAGGGAAAGGGAAGAAGCAGUUAGGAGGAGGGUAGAGGAAGUGAAGAGGAAAAGGGAAGACGAGGCAGAGAGGAAGAGGCUGGUGGAAGCAGAGAGGAAAAGGGCGGAGGAAGCAGUGCGAAGGAGGAGGAUGGAGGAAACAGAGGAGAGGAGGAGGGUGGAUGAGGCAGAGAAGAGGAGGAGGGUGGAUGAGGCAGAGGAGAGGAGGAGGGUGGAUGAGGCAGAGGAGAGGAGAAGGGCGGAUGAGGCAGAGGAGAGGAGAGUGGAAGAAGCAGAACAGAGGAGGAGGGAGGAAGAA